AUGUUCAUUUUCCAACGAAUUGAUCUCAAUGUCUCAUUUGACAUUGAUUUCAAUGAAGCUGGAGAUAGCACAAGGAAAAGUUAUGAAAAAAAAUGUGCACAGUUGAGAAGUAAGAAUGUUAGAGGAGAUGAUCUGCUGAGCACAGACAAAACCAAAGUUGAAGUGAAAGAUCUGUAUGCUGGGAUCUUGGUUGCAAUCCGACGGGCAGAAUCAAUCUCAAAGAGAAUUGAGAAACUGAGAGAUGAAGAACUACAACCUCAAAUUGUUGAACUGUUAAAAGGCCUGACCCAGUCAUGGAAGAUCAUGUUGGAGUCCCAUGAAACCCAGAAGAAGAUUCUGUCUGAAGUGAAGUACUUCACAUGCACCACGUAUGAGAAAUUCUGUAACCAGUCUCAUCGAUUUGCAACUCUUCAACUCGAAGCUCAGCUUCGAAAUUGGCGUGACUGCUUCAAAGAGUACACUGCAGCACAAGAAGCAUAUGUUGAAGCUUUACACGGAUGGCUGAGUAAGUUCAUAGUCCCUGAAGUGGAGUUUUACUCGAGAAGCAAAAACAUUGCCUUGCCGUACGAAGUGAACGGGCCACCUCUGCUUGUGAUAUGCAACGAUUGGUUAGCCUCAAUGCAGAAGUUACCUGAUAAAAUGGUAACACUGGCAUUGAAAAGUGUUGUGAAAGAUGUUAGAGCUUUGUGGCUUCAGCAAAACAAAGAGCAACAGCAGAAAAGGAAGGUAGAUAGGUUAACUAGAGUUUUGGACAGAAGAUACGCUUCAGGAGGACUACCUAAAGUGGAGACAAAGAUGCUUGAGCUGCAUGCCACUGAUCAGGAAUCAAAGUGGAGUACUACUGAUGAACAAGAUGAGUGCAUGAUGGAGAAAAAUGAUCAUGUGGAGACACUGAGAAGAAAACUUGAAGUGGAGAAGGAGAAGCACCACAGUAGCAUGCAGGAAACACAGAGGAUAACGUUACAUGGAUUGCAAUCUGGGUUUUCUCUAGUGUUUGAAUCCUUGUCGGAGUUCUCCAAAGCAUCACAGAAAAUGUACAAUGAUCUUGUGAAAAGUAAGAUAAAGGAGGGAAUAUGAUGGAGUUGGUAACUCUUGUCAUAGCUGAAAUGAUUAAUUUAAUGAGGUUGAGUGAGGGAAUUUUGUACAAGAUUCUCAAUUAUCUUGGUGGGGAUGUUAGAUUCUUUUAACAAUUGGAUUCAACUGCUGGAUAUAUAUAUAUAUAAUUAU